AUGGACGAUUAUAGACGCUACCGUCAACAGGGAAAACAAGAUCAAGGAGCGGCGGCUCGUAACGAGUUAUUUGCUGGUUCUAACCAAAAUUAUCCUCCACCACCACAAAAUUACAACCAAACCCCCCAACAAGGAGGUGGAUACUAUGGUGGUGGGUAUGGACAGCAACAAGGUGGUGGUUACGGUGGUGGUUACGGCGGUGGUUACGGCGGAGGUUAUGAAGAAGACAUUGAAGGCAUCAAAAGCCAGAUUCGCACCACUAAACAAGACUCGGUGGCUUCUACUCAAAAGUCUUUACAGAUGAUUCAACAAGCUGAGCAAAAUGCUCAGAGUACCUUAAAUAAGCUCGGAGAACAAACUCAGCGUAUCAAUUACACCGAACGUCAACUUGAUCUCGCCGAGGCUCAUGCUGAGCGCGCAGAAGCACAAGCAGCAAAAUUGAAAAAGGUCAAUGGUUCAAUGUUUGGUUUCGAUGUUGGUAAUCCAUUCACCAAGGGUAGACGUGAAAAAAAAGAACUCGAACGUGUUCAAGCGAUGCAAGAAGAACAGCGAGAAAGUCGUGAACAGUUACGUAGCGGAAACUGGGAAUCACAGAACCGAAUUAACAGCGCAAUAAAGCAGCAACCUUCUUCGAAAUCAAGUGGCUAUCGACCAGGCAAUUCGUCAGAUCGAUCGAAAUUCCAAUUCGAAGCUGACGACGAAGAUGAACAAUUGGAAAAUCAAUUGGAUAAUAAUUUGGAUUCACUUUCUGCUGGAUUGAGUCGAUUGAAUGCUAUGGCUGUUGCUUCAGGCGAAGAAGUAAGACGACAAAACGAGGUUUUAGAUCGUAUUGGUUCAAAGACCGAAGGAUUGGACCAACGUAUCGUGAGCACCACCCACACAUUGAAAAAGAUCAAGUAA